UUCGAGCACAAGCUGCAGAGCAUCUCCCGCUUCUCGCGCUCGAGCGCCGACGCCUGCUGCUUCGCCUAUCUGCACCGGCCGUCGUCCGGCGCCACCUACAGCUGCCACGUGUUCGAGGCGUGCGAGGAGCACCAGGUGAAGGAACUGUUUAACAGUGUGAAGGAUGCGACUAUCCAUGCUGGCGACCCAGGAGGAGGCACUGGCUCUGCAGCUUCCUCAACCGAGAGCCUUCCCUGUACCUCUCACUUCACCGAGGUUCUCUACACGGGCAAGGCACGUUUACCCGAUAAGAAAGCUCCCCCUACAUUCAUCGACGACGCAGUUGACCGCUUCCAGCAGCACGACGUGAAGAAAGCGCGCCGCCGGAUCAACAAUGAGAACGACGCUGAUAGGCGGCGCCACACGAGCGGUUCCAGCAUCAACAGUCUGCCGGGCACUCUCGACCCACUCCACUUCAAAGAAAAUGAGCUAGCAGGACAAGCAGCGAGGCUAGAGCACAGCGGCACUGGAGAACCGGAGACGCCCGAUGCCUUCGUUGACAAGAAGACUGGAUCUGUAGACAACCUCAUGGACCAGAAGUACAGAGACAAGAACCGCACUAUGCUGUUUCAGAUCGGCAAGCAAGAGAUCUCUCUAAUCUCUCCUGACAAGAAGUCCAUUCUUCUGGAGAAAAAGUUUAAAGACAUAUCAUUUUGCUCGCAGGGUUACAGACAUGCUGAACACUUUGGCUUCAUCUGUGGGGAAUCCACUACUGACAACUACGUGUGCUACGUUUUCCGUGGGCAGAGUAGUUCCGUGGUUGAUGAAAUCAUGGCCACUCUGAAACAAGCCUUCACGUGUGCCUACCAGACGAAACCAGCCAAGUAUACGGUCUGUGAGCAGUGCCCCAUGCAGCAGUUUCACAAGCUCUGCGUGGAGAUGGAGGGUAUGCCUCCGGACAAGAUAUACAUGACGAUAAUGAAGAGGCUGGAGACGAUGCCAGACGAGGAUCAAUCCGAGAUCCUUGAUCAGUUAGCUGAAGCCCACGGGAAUGGACGGCACGAGAAAAAUGACCAGCUCAUGACGUUAAUACGAUUGCUGUGCGAACGCAAACAAAAGAUUCAUGUGCACUACAACGAAGGCAUCUCCAAGCUAGAGUUCAGCAUAUUUGAUAGCAAGAAGGCGGUUUCUAGCACCUUCGAUCAUCUUAGGAGCAAAGCAAAGAAAUCAAUCAAUUUAUCAUUUGACUUUACCACCCGGAUAACUGCCACCCGGACAACUGACUUGGUGGCGGCGGCGGCGGCCAUGACACCGCCACGCGCUGAGUUCGACCGCAACGCGGCGGAGUUCUCGCUGUCGCCGAUCGGUUCGCGGCCUGCGUACCGACCUCGCAGUCACACGAUCGCGAGCGGGGUGACGAUCUCGGACGCCCGCAUGAGGUCGGCGAUACCGGAGCAUCCCGAGAGUCCGGUGACAACGUCGCCGAUGAUCAACAUGUUCAUGAAGGUGAACACUCAUCCAAAGAAUGGCACUCCACAGAACAACACGACGUCAACUAAGGACAUGUCCUACAGGAAGAAGAUUUUCACGAGGAUUCUGCUCAUACGCAUGGAGAAGGAAAACCUCAAGCUGAAAGCUCUUCACGAUGAGAAAACUACUGAUCAGGUACAGCUGGACUAUGAGGACAUCACGCCUUGCCUGUCAGACGCCAGCCAAGUGUGGACAGAGUUGCUGAACGCACCAGAGAGGGAGAGCCAACGCAUUGAUCCUGAUAAGCUCCUUAGUGCUGUCAAAGCCGGUGUGCCGCGGAGCAAGCGCGGACAGGUGUGGGUGCUGCUGGUGGAGCAGCACCUGCUGAAGCAGGGAGGCAGCAGCAGCAGCAUCUGGGAUGCGGCGACCGAUCCGCAGAAGCCCUACGAUGAGCUGCUGAAGGAGCUCACCUCGCAUCAGCAUCACAUACUCCUCGACCUAGGUCGCACGUUUCCGCAGCACGCUUACUUCACGAAGCAGCUGGGAGCCGGUCAGCUGGCCCUCUUCAACAUACUGAAGGCGUACUCGCUGUGCGAUGGAGAGGUCGGCUACUGUCAGGGCCUCAGCUUCGUCGCGGCCGUCCUCCUGCUGCACAUGGGAAACGAGGAGAAGGCAUUCUGCCUGCUAAAGUUCCUGAUGUUUCGGGUGGGAUUUCGCAGGCAGUACAAACCUGACAUGAGUGCUCUACAGAUUCAGAUGUACCAGCUGUCGAGGCUGCUGCACGACCAGUACCGUGAUCUCUACGAGCACUUCGAACAGCACGAGAUCGUGCCGUCGCUCUACGCCGCACCGUGGUUCCUCACCGUGUUCUCGUCGCAGUUCCCGCUCAGAUUCGUCGCCCGCGUGUUCGAUCUCGUUUUCCUUCACGGAAUAGAGGUGAUAUUUCGCGUGGCUCUCGUGCUGCUGGGAACUCACCGUGAGCAGAUAAUGCAGUGUAGCAAAUUCGAGAGCGUCAUGGACUUCUUGAAGACGUCGCUGCCCAGCAUGGGAGUCAUACCGAUGGAAAGGAUAUUUAACCAGAGCACUGUGAGCACACUUAGGGCGCGUGUGCGUGGCAUGGAGAGAGACAAGGCCAACCUGCUGGAGACUAUUACCAAGCUAAAGGCCCACGUUCCUCCUGAUGUGGCAGCCAGGAUGCUGGACGUUACCCAGCUGAACGAGAACGGUAGCGAGACUUUGCCAAAGAACUUGCAGCUCCAGUUCGCUGGACCUGGACAAGGAGAUCGCCACGUUCAACCUGCGGCGCGGCCGAGCCCUGUCGCCUGCGCAGGCCUGAGUGCGGAGAGCGGCUCUAGUCGCGGCACCCGAGAGCCCCUCAUCGAGUUGCAAUGA